GACAGUUUCAGUCAAGAUGGCGCUGUUGGCGGGGCGGCGGAGCUGUGGCUGUAGUCUAGCGGCCGCCGUGACGGCUCUGGCGACGCUGCUGCACGCUUGGGGCAGGGCCGAGGCGUCGAACGAAACAGGGCUGGAGACCGGUAUUUACGGGCUGCGGCUGGUGGCAGUGGAGAGGCCGCUCCAGGAGGAGGAGGGGUCGGCGGCGGUGGUGGAGGGUGCCGGGGAGGUGCUGCGGGUCCUGGAGGGCCAGACGGUCAAGCUGCGGAUCUUCGGCCGGGGCAUCGACGCCGGCACCUGGAGGAGGGUGGGCUUCGCCGAACUGGGCCCCGAGGAGAGCUCGGCGAACAGGAGCGUGAGGCGGGCCUGCCCUUCCCGCAGCCGCGACCUGGAGGUGAAGCCCGGGGUGGAGGAGAGGCGGGAGACGUCGGGCCUGCUCACCGUGCGGGUGCAGCCCCUCCGCAAGCAGGAGAAGAGCCGGCUGUUCGGCCUGUGCAGCCGCCCUCCCGGGGACGAGGCCAACUCGGCCUGGCUGCUGCACUCGGAGCCCGACAGCCGCCUGAGGGUGCACGAGGAGACGCCGCCGCUGCUUCCCUUCUGGCUGCAGAUCAUCCUCACUGCACUGCUGCUGGUGCUCUCGGGCAUGUUCUCCGGCCUCAACCUGGGCCUGAUGGCCCUGGACCCCAUGGAGCUGCGGAUCGUGCAGAACUGCGGCACCGAGAGCGAGAGGCGGCACGCCCGCUGCAUCGAGCCCGUCCGCCGCCAGGGCAACUACUUGCUGUGCUCCCUGCUGCUGGGCAACGUCCUGGUGAACACUACCCUGACUGUGCUGUUGGAUGGCCUCCUGGGCACUGGCUGGGUCACCGUAGUGGCUUCGACAGUGGGCAUCGUCAUCCUGGGUGAGAUUGUGCCCCAGGCGCUGUGCUCGCGGCACGGGCUGGCGGUGGGUGCCCACACGGUGCUGCUGACCAAGUUCUUCAUGGUGCUGACCUUCCCUCUGGCCUAUCCUAUCAGCAAGGUGUUGGACUGCGUGCUGGGCCAGGAGAUCGGUAAGGUCUACAGCCGUGAGAAGAUCCUGGAGAUGCUCAAGGUGACGGGCCCCUACAACGGCCUCGAGGCCGAUGAGCUCAACAUGAUCCAGGGCGCCCUGGAGCUGCGCAGCAAGACGGUGGAGGACGUCAUGACACCCAUCCACGACUGCUUCAUGGUAUCCAGCGAUGCCAUCCUUGACUUCAGCACCAUGUCAGAGAUCAUGGAGACGGGCUAUACCCGCAUCCCCGUCUAUGAGCAGGAGAAGUCGAACAUCGUUGAUAUCCUGUACGUCAAGGACCUGGCCUUUGUUGACCCUGAUGACUGUGUCCCACUCAAGACAAUCACCAAGUUCUAUAGCCAUCCACUGCACUUUGUGUUCUACGACACCCGGCUGGACAUGAUGCUGGAGGAGUUCAAGCAGGGUAAAUCGCACCUGGCGAUUGUACAGAAGGUGAACAGUGAAGGUGAGGGAGAUCCUUUCUACGAGGUGCUGGGCCUGGUCACCCUGGAGGAUGUUAUUGAAGAAAUCAUCAAAUCAGAAAUUCUUGACGAAUCAGACAUAUUCACCGACAAUCGAUCCAAGCAGAAGGUUGUUCACAACAGCAAGAAACGGGACUUCUCUGUUUUCAAACCCACUGUCCAUGAGGUGAAAGUCAAGGUGUCCCCGCAGCUGCUGUUGGCUGCCCACCGCUUCCUGUCGACAGAGGUCAGUCUUUUUGCCCCUGCCCACAUCUCUGAGAAGAUUCUGCUGCGACUCCUCAAACAUCCCGACGUCAUCAAUGAGAUCAAAUUUGACGAGAGCAACAAACUGGCUGCUGACCACUAUCUGUACGUGCGUGGCAAGGCAGUCGAUUACUUUGUCCUCAUUUUACAGGGUAAAGUGGAGGCAGAGGCUGGCAAAGAAGACAUGAAAUUUGAGACGGGACCCUUUUCCUACUAUGGUACCAUGGCCCUCAGCAGUCCCACUUUGGAAACCCGACCGUCCUCUCGCACCAGUGAGCUGAGUCGGUCUGUCUCACUGAGCUACGCAGAGCGCUCGGAAUCUACACUGUCCGUCGUCUCACCCACCCCUUCGACGCACUAUGUUCCGGAUUUCUCUGUGAGGGCGCUGACUGACCUGCAGUACGUCAAGGUGACACGGCAGCAGUACCAGAAUGGGUUACUGGCGUCAAAGAUAGACAGCACUCCACAGUCCCCGGACAACGCCCACACAAAAGUCGACAUCAAACUGGAGAAACCUGAGACUAUAGCAGACGAAACCACGGACCUUCUGAACGAGCAGAACUCUUUGAACCGUAAUUUGAACCACACUUUGGAAAACAGUAUAUGACCCUACGCCAAGAUGCCUGGAGGGUCGAGACUCUGCUCUUGGGGCAUUUAAAACAGUUCCUGCGAACAAUCACAGUGCAAUCUUUUUAUACUGUGUGUGUGUGUGUGUGUGUGUGUGUGUGUGUGUGUGUGUGUGUGUGUGUGUGCGUGCAUGGGGAUGAAAGAGGAACAAUACGACACAAGACAACUCGGGCCUGUCUAGUGAACGACUGAUUUGCUACAGCCAUGCAAGCCGGAGUCAGCAUGAGGACAAAAAAACGAGACUGCUGAUAACACCCCCCAGCCCCAGGGUGGAAUCUUCGACAGCCAUCUCUUCUCCUCCUGGCAAGUGAACCUUCCAAUGUCGAAUAAAGGCAGGACCACACGUCUUUGGCUGGUUGCCAACUGUCUUGGACAGCUUCAAAUGGGUUUUGGCUGUGCGUUGCUGGGGUAGCAUUUCAGCCUCUCGCCCUAGGUUGGUGUACACUAAACACCCACUCCCCAGCCCCCCUUCUCCAGACUGUCGUGUCCCCAUCUCGGUCCCAAACUAACCUUUCAGCCUUUGUUCCUUUGUACAUUUUGACUAUUGGUAGGUGGCAGAGGAAAUUUUGCUGCUAUUACAAUGCACAGAUAAGUCACUUCACUUUACAUUAUGGGCUGAAAUGACCUGUAGCAGUUCUGCUAUCUGUGGGGCAGUAGCAGUGUUUGGGAAGGGGUUAUUUUUAACUAGUUUAAUUCCAUCCUGAGGUGAUUCUGUGUUUCAAGUCUACCAAUGUCUUUCCUUUAGUGUGGUUAAACCCUGAACAGCCGGUAGGUGGGACCUGGUGAAUAUAGCCCUCAGUGGACACUGACCUUUUGUUGGUUCCCUGCUUGUCCGUCAGCAUUUAACCAGAAGAUAGAGAAUUGCCAAAAGAAGCUGCGUUCGUUCAGGAUCUCUGUGGACUUUCGUCCUGUGAUCGGUCUUUUGUGACCCUGAUCUACUUUGAUCUAAAGUGGCGUGGCUGAGCAAACAGCAUCUCGAUAGCCUGGAAGUAUUGUUAUCCAGAAACUAGAGAAAGCUUCAGUUCAUUGCCACAUCCAUUGGAAUUUGUAGAGUGGGGAAUGAAGUUGGGACGCAGAUGAAAUAUUCUAGAAUGAUAAGUCUUGUGUUCACUGCAUGUCUGAUCCAAUUCAAUUCUUGGAACUGAGGUUUACAUAAAUUAGCAAAUUUGAAGUUUUAAAUAUUAACAAUGUGUAUUUUGGGUGGGGAUCCAUUCCUGAUACCCUCAGCCAUGCGUAACCAUGCUUCAGGUACAUAGCUGUCAAUCACAUUAAUCAUAAGCCCUUGAGCUGUCACCCAAGGCCAGGUGACUUGUGCAGGUACACUGCUGUACAAAUCGUACAAUAUCCAGAAAUUCCUUUUUGGGCCAGUCCAGCAGAAAUUGCUGAGAGUCAACAAGUUGCAUCUGCUGCAGGGAGAGAAGUCAGUACUUUGAAUACAAAACCUUCAUUUGAACUGGUAGCUGUUCGUUCUCAGUAGUUUUCAAAUGAAGGAAGUGCUGUCUGGUCAGUUUGGUCCACAGAUCAAACUUGUCCCGUGUGUGUCUUUUUUUUCUUGUGGGAGGGUUUUGUUUUUAAGUUACUCCAACCUUGCAGCACAGUUCAGAUCAACUUCCAAAGUGCACGUCCCUGUUUGUGUGUUGGUCAGAACUGCUGAUAAGUAAUUCUUCCAAACGUACAUUGUGAAGUAAAUCCACUUGUCGGUGAAUCUUUCUGGGUCAGGGAUGGGAGGUUAUCAAGUGGAUAGUCUAGAAGUUGUAACAAUCCACAUCAACUCCAUUGGCUGGCACCAGCUGAUCUUUUUUUUUAAUAUAACCAUUUAUUUCGAGAUCUCUAAGAGAUUGACUGAAGGGACAAACUUGGGGGUCACCUCCACACUGCCAGGCCACACCUGUGUGCUAUCGUUCGUGACUAUUGGGGCUAAUAGAAAAGCUUAUCAGUUUAUUCUGAUUAAUUUGUAAUGUGAUAUCUUACUCUUGGUUUAUUUAUUAUUGGCCCUUGCCUUCUAAUUGCACUCUGGGCAGCCUUUCUGAUGGAUCUCAUUUUCUUGAGACUUUUUUUUAUUGUUUACAGUUGGUUUGCAAUAUGCUGGUCAAGGUACAGUCUGCUUUAGAAGUUGGUUUGCCCAGAGUCUUCUCUAUGAAUUAAACAAGUCCCUUUACCUUU